AUGGGCGACACUCAGCUUUCCAUCUCUGCUCUUCUUCGACAGCAGCGGCAGCAGGCCCUUGAUACUCUCAAUCGUAUUGAACCUCAGCAGAAGCAGAUGGAGCUUUCCCGCGAGAAGGAGAUGGAGGACCUCAAGCGCGAGAACCAACGUCUUUACUCAGAGAACCAGGCACUUCAAUACCAAAUCGACACCUCUCUCUCUGAAAGCGCCAAAGUCACUACAGCAGUCGCGCCUCAAUCAGCUGUGCCUACCGCCAUGACCCAGACCGCAUCUAACCUGGUGUCUCGAGAAUUCGAACAGAUCGCCAAGUAUGCUCUGGAAUUCGACAUCACCGGUGUCACUACCAGUGAAAUUGGAGUCCUUUGCCAGAUACUGCACACGAAGCCUUGUCGGGAUAAUCUGAAGCGCUUCAUGCAAGCCCAGGUCUACGUUGCCACGACACAUCCCCACUGCCUGAGGAAGAUUGGCAACGGCAGCAUGGGAGCGUCGCUCUUGGCAAUGCCGGCUGAGGUCAAAUGUCCUUGGUGCCAACGUUUCAGAUUUAAUUGUGUUUGGAUCGUCAGGAAGAUGGGCCAGUGGAUUAUUGGAAGCGGCACGCCUACCUAA